AAAUAUUUGUGCCCAAUUUUGGUACAUGGAAUAUUUCUUCACCAUUCAAUAUUAAGGAAGUUCUAAAAAAUCAACUUCAGUCAAACAACAUCAAGUUCAGGAUGGAAGUGGCUAAUGAAAGAUUAUUUAGUGAUGUAG